CCGUUCUGCUUCCUGGCCCUUCGGAAAGGCACGGGCGCCAAACCCGUGCGGGAAUACCGGCGGGUGAGGCGGGGGGGCGGGGGUCUGGCGCGGAGGCCUCGGCAUCUGCCCGCGCGAAAAAAAGGCGGCGCGAUAGGGCGGCGGUGGGACGAGCGAGGUUUGCCCCCGAAGCACCCGAGGACCGAUGACCACCCACUCCGUACCUCUGUCCCCCGUCCGCCACGAUCUGCCGCCGUGCAGACGCAUUUGGGCUCCGACGAGGGCUCGGCGACCCGCCCGGCGCGGUCUGCCCUCGCGACCCGCCAGCUGGGGCCCGCCUGCUCGUUGAACGUCAUCGCCAGCCCCGCCCGGCGGCCACCCUUGCGCAUGUGGUCGACCCGUCCUCUGGCUCCCACCCAUCCCGGGCGCGUGCCCUGGGGCAGCGGUACGCGGACCUCCACCCCCCCGGCUUGGGCGGGGGGGGAGGUUGACGAGGGACACCAGCUUCGGCGACGGCACAGCGGAGCCGAGGUGGAAGAGCAAGAAGAGGACGAGGCCGUGAACUUCAGGGAGAUGCCAUGGCCCCAGCCAAAUGCAUCUUCACGCCGUCUUUUUCUCAUUCGACGAGAGCUGGCUUCGGAGGCGGGCGAGUUGGGACAACGGCAGCUCUCAAAAUCUGCACCGGCUUCCCGAGCCGCGCCCGAGCGGAGCUGCGUCCGAGCGUGGCGGCGAGGGGGGCCCCCGAAGGCCAAGUACCGCGGUCUCAGCACAAGUCUCGGCCCUCCUCUGAGAGCUGAGGAGAGGCCGCCUUCGCUAGAAGAAUGUUUCUGCAUCUUCGAGUCUCAGCUCAGGUAUCACCCUCCUCUGAAAGCUAAGAGGCCGCCUUUAUGGCGCCGCGCACGGUGCUGAGCGGGGACGAGGAGGAGGAGGAGAAGGAGGAGGAGGAGGAGGAGGAGGAGCAGGAGGAGGAUCCCGCCAGGAAGAUCUUUCCCUGGCGCCUAGAGCUGCGGGGGUGCCGCGCCGCGCCGCCGCGCGCGGAGGGCCACGGCCACGGCCGCCAGGCUGGCGGCCGCUGCCCCGACGAGCGAGGCGGCGGCGGCAAGGCUGACGCCGGGCAGGCCUGAGCUGCAUCGAAGCGCGAAGUCGCAUCGGACUGGGGCGCAUCGGACCGCCAGUGGAUCGCCCCGACUGCCUUAUACCGACCCCACACCGGAUCGACAUCGGACCGCCGCGCCCAGCUUCUGCUGGCCCUGGCCGCUGCUGGCGAACGGGCUCCAGUCUUGGCGGCGCGC